AGACUUAUUUUAGAAUCGGUAAUCAAACCCUAAGGAAGCUUCACGCCGGUUUUUGUUUUGGCUCUCUCUAUUGUUGUUUUUAGUCUCUCCUUGUCUACAACGCCGCGCUCUCUCUAGAACGAACUCGCUUAAUUCCUCUCUGAGAUAAGGCCUGGAUUUGGUUAUUCGGAAGAAUUUUGAACCGACCCUUAAAUUUAUCAAUGGGUCGGAAGAAGCCGAGUGCUCGUGCUGGAGAAGAUGAGACGCAACCUGCUGCGUCAUCUCUCGUUGGUGCUACUAAAUCUAAGAAGAAGGCUGUUAAAAUCGAUGACGAUGAAUACUCUAUUGGUACUGAGCUCUCCGAGGAGCCUAAAGUUGUUGAGGAAGACAAGGUUGUUAUCACUGGCAAGAAGAAGGGUAAGAAAGGUAAUAAGAAGGGUGCCCAGCUAGAUGACGAUGAUGAUUUUCCUGAUAAGCUUUCCGUUGCCGAGGAAGACCAUGUUCCGGAGAUUGCUUUUGUUGGCAAGAAGAAGUCCAAAGGUAAGAAGGGUGCUGCUGCCGCUGUUAGCUUUGCCUUGCUUGAUGAUGAAGAUGUUAAGGACGAUGCAGAGGAUCAUGAAUCUGAUGCUGACAAAGAUGAUGAGCCAGUUAUAAGUUUUACUGGUAAGAAGCAUGCUUCUAACAAGGGUAAAAAAAGCGGUAAUUCAUUUGCGGCAUCAGCUUUUGAUGCGCUUGGUGAUGAUGAUGAUGAUGCUAAGGAUGAUGAUGAAGAAGAAGAGUCUCCUAUCACCUUCUCUGGUAAGAAAAAGAAGUCCUCCAAAUCUGCUAAGAAGACCACCACUAAUUCAUUUAGUGCUGCUUUGCUUGAUGAGGAAGAAGAGACAGAUGCCUUAACCUCUAGACCUGGCAAAGAUGAAGAUGAGGAGAGCCCUGAAAUCACGUUUUCAGGUAAGAAGAAAUCUUCUAAAAAGAAGGGCGGCAGUGUUUUGGCCUCACUAGGUGAUGACUCAGUUGCUGACGAAACUAGUCAAGCUAAAACGUCUGAAACUAAGAGUGCGGAGGCUGUAGAAACUGGAAAGAGUAAGAAAAAGAAGAAGAAUAAUAAGAGUGGAAGGACAGUAGAGGAAGAGGACGACUUGGACAAACUUCUUGCAGAACUUGGAGAAACCCCUGCUGCUGGAAGACCUGCUUCAUUGCCGCCCCAAGAAGAGAAAGUUCAAGCUCAGCCUGGGGCAGUUACACCGGUAGAGAAUGCUGGUGAGAAGGAAGGAGCAGAAGAGACUGUUGAGAGUGCUGCAGCAAAGAAAAAGAAAAAGAAGAAGGAAAAAGAGAAAGAAAAAAAAGCAGCAGCAUCUGCUGCAGCAACCUCUUCUGUAGAGGCUAAGGAGGAAAAACAAGAAGAAUCUAUAACUGAGCCACAACAGCCAAAGAAGAAGGAUGCAAAGGGUAAAGCAGCAGAGAAAAAGAUUCCCAAACAUGUUAGAGAGAUGCAAGAGGCUCUUGCACGGCGGCAAGAAGCGGAAGAGCGACAAAAGAAGGAAGAAGAAGAAAAAUUGAGGAAGGAGGAAGAGGAGCGCCGGAGGCAGGAAGAGCUUGAGGCGCAAGCUGAGGAGGCUAAGCGUAAGAGAAAGGAAAAGGAGAAGGAGAAACUGUUGAGGAAGAAGCAAGAGGGCAAGCUUCUAACAGCAAAGCAAAGGACUGAAGCUCUUAAGAGGGAGGCUUUUAAGAAUCAGCUCCUGGCUGCUGGUGGAGGUCUUCCUGUCGCAGAUAAUGAUGGUGAGGCUACUUCAUCAAAGCGUCCCAUUUAUGCCAACAAGAAAAAAUCAUCUCGCCAGAAAGGCAAUGACACUUCUGUUCUGGUGGAAGAUGAGGUAGAACCAAAAGAGAAUCAUGCAGAUGAACGAGAUCCUUUAGGUGAAGGGGGUUCAGCAGACACUGAAAAGGUUGAUUUAAUAGAGUCAGCAAACACAGACGAGAAAUUAGAAACUGCUGAUGUAGCUCAGGAGAAUGAGGCUAAGGAAGAUGAUGAAGAAGAUGAAUGGGAUGCAAAAAGCUGGGAUACUGUUGAUCUUAACCUCAAAGGUGAUUUUGAUGAUGAAGAGGAAGAAGCUCAGCCUGUGGUUAAGAAGGAAUUAAAGGAUGCUAUAUCAAAGGCACAUGAUUCAGACCCUGAAUCUGAAAAGCCAACAGCUAAACCAGCAGGUAUGGGCAAGCCAACAACAGCUGCUGUAAAAGCUGUACAUGAAGAGGAAGAUGCUACGCGGUCAAAACGUGCUACCCGAGCAAAAGAUGCCUCUAAGAAGGGUAAAGGUUUAGCUCCCAGUGAAUCUCUAGAGGGCGAGGAAAAUCUGCGGUCUCCUAUUUGCUGCAUCAUGGGUCAUGUUGAUACUGGUAAAACAAAGCUGUUGGAUUGCAUCAGAGGAACAAAUGUUCAGGAAGGCGAGGCUGGAGGUAUUACUCAGCAAAUUGGUGCAACAUAUUUCCCUGCGGAGAACAUCCGAGAGAGGACCAAGGAACUGAAAGCCGAUGCAACACUCAAGGUGCCAGGUCUAUUGGUUAUUGAUACACCUGGCCACGAGUCCUUCACGAAUCUGCGAUCAAGAGGUUCAAGUUUGUGCGACAUUGCAAUUUUGGUGGUUGACAUAAUGCAUGGGUUAGAGCCACAGACCAUAGAAUCUCUAAAUCUGUUGAGAAUGAGGAAUACAGAGUUCAUCAUUGCAUUGAAUAAGGUGGAUAAGCUAUAUGGAUGGCAAAGAUGCAAGAAUUCUCCCAUUGUAAAGGCAUUGAAGCAACAAAAUAAAGAUGUUACAAGUGAGUUUAACCAGAAGCUGAAGGAGACUAAAAACCAGUUCCAGGAGCAAGGACUCAACACUGAGCUUUAUUACAAGAAUAAAGACAUGGGAGAAACUAUCAGUAUUGUUCCUACUAGUGCUAUUAGUGGGGAAGGGGUUCCAGAUCUCUUGCUGUGGUUGGUUCAAUGGGCUCAGAAAACAAUGGUUGAGAAACUUACAUACGUCGACGAAGUGCAGUGUACUGUCCUUGAGGUCAAAGUUAUUGAAGGCCAUGGAACAACAAUUGAUGCUGUGUUGGUAAAUGGUGAACUCCAUGAAGGUGAUCAAAUCGUCGUUUGUGGGCUACAGGGACCUAUUGUCACAACAAUUAGAGCAUUACUGACUCCUCAUCCGAUGAAGGAGUUACGGGUGAAGGGUACUUAUUUGCAUUACAAAGAAAUAAAGGCUGCACAGGGUAUCAAGAUUACUGCGCAGGGGCUUGAACACGCAAUUGCUGGUACUGCCCUGCAUGUGGUUGGACCUGAUGAUGACAUCGAGGCAAUUAAGGAGUCUGCUAUGGAAGAUAUGGAGUCAGUUUUGAGCAGGAUCGACAAAAGUGGUGAAGGAGUGUAUGUACAAGCGUCUACAUUAGGGUCCUUGGAAGCAUUGCUUGAAUUCUUGAAGACCCCAGCUGUAAAGAUACCUGUCAGUGGUAUUGGCAUAGGGCCGGUGCAUAAGAAGGAUAUAAUGAAGGCGGGAGUUAUGCUUGAGAGGAAAAAGGAAUAUGCUACAAUUUUGGCUUUUGACGUGAAAGUGACUACAGAGGCUCGGGAACUUGCUGACGAAAUGGGAGUUAAAAUCUUCUGCGCUGAUAUCAUAUAUCAUCUAUUCGAUCAAUUUAAGGCUUACAUUGAGAAUAUAAAAGAAGAGAAAAAGAAGGAAUCAGCGGAUGAAGCAGUCUUCCCUUGUGUCCUUCAGAUUUUGCCUAACUGUGUCUUCAAUAAGAAAGACCCAAUAGUCCUUGGUGUUGAUGUUGUCGAGGGUAUACUUAAGAUCGGGACCCCCAUUUGUGUCCCUGGCAGGGAAUUUAUAGAUAUUGGCCGCAUUGCCUCGAUUGAGAACAACCACAAGCCUGUUGACUAUGCCAAGAAGGGCAACAAGGUGGCAAUAAAGAUUGUUGGUUCGAAUGCUGAAGAACAGAAGAUGUUUGGAAGGCACUUUGACAUGGAAGAUGAACUUGUGAGUCACAUUUCGAGGAGAUCUAUUGACAUACUCAAAACUAACUACCGGGAUGAAUUAUCGAUAGAAGAAUGGAAGCUAGUUGUGAAACUGAAGAACAUCUUCAAGAUACAGUAGAUUCCCCUGAACAUUAUAAUGUGUAUUUUGGAGCUUGAAACACUCAAAGGCCUUGUUAUGUCGUGUCUGCGUCGAUGCAGAACAAACAGAUUCAUCUUCCUGCUUCUAACUGAAGCAUUCACAGAAGAUUUGAGAGAGAUUAAAGAGAGACAAAAGAGUGUUUUGUUUUUUGCUUUUUUUCUUCUUCUCUCCCUGAAGAAAAUCUUUCACGCUGGCAAAUCUUCAGGGAAAGAAGAGCCUUUUGAGUCUUGAGAGAUAUAUACACGUAUCAUCUUAUAUGCCCUUUUUGACUUAUUUCCAUUUUUGUUGACAAAGGAAAAAUAUUCUAAUAAAAUGUUUGCGUCUAAUCAUGUACC